CCAAAGUCUCCCGGUGUCUAGGCAGCUUGUCAGUGAGUGGGAAAGUGACCAAGACCGAUGUUAGCACAGAAUUUGCGCGUUAUUAAACUCCAGUCUGGAGAAAAGCUAGUAUUUGAAGGCACCAGUUAACCCCGCUGUCAAAACACACACAUGGAUAGGAGCUCGCCUCUAAGUACAUGUCGGCGGGUGGCUGAUAGAACUGAAGAUGACUCUGACCACGUGUACAGCCAAUGGCACCUCCUCCCUGACCUCCUGCUCGAACAGGUGUUCCAGUACCUGACGCUGUGCGAGCGGUACAAUGCCUCCUUGGUCUGUUGGAAUUGGUAUGCAGCUUUCUACUUCCCGAGAGUUUGGUACACCUUCGUAUUCCACGAUGAACUGCUCACCAAAAGAAAAUUCAAUUAUUAUUCUGGAUAUCAGAAACGACUCGACCACUACAAGGUCACCAUAUUUUUAUCAAACAUGGGCAAGUUUAUCAAGACGUUGAUAAUCAAGCCAAUGACAAAUUUCUUCAGCCUUUACGAGUUUUGCAACAUGUCCUGUUUCAUGAACCACAAAGUCCCGGGCACGCUGGAGAACGUCCAUACUUUCAGGUUCCACUUCUCGUGCCACUUGGCUCAGCGCUCGGAAGAAGUGGUCUUCGGCACCGGGGGAGAAAUCCUCCAGAUGUUCAAGCGCCUCCUCGGGGUCCUGACCAAGCUGAAGACGCUGGAGCUCAGGGACCUGCUUCUGGAGGGCGCCGACGGCCUGCAGCUGCUGGACGAUGUUUGCGUCGAAUGCUGCGAAACUCUUCAGACCCUGAUCCUGGUCAACAUUACGAAGCACAACCACUGCCUGCUUCACCCGGGGGCCUUCGUAAACCUCCAGACCUUAGUCAUUUCCCCUCAGAACAUCGGGGAGGACCUGCUCGAGCUCUUAUCGCACACGACAAUAAGGAACAUGUUCAUAGUGCAGAACAAGUACACGGAGAGCGGGCGCAUCCUGGACCCCCUGGCCUGGAAGCGCUGCCGGACCACCAACCCGAGGCUGCGCGUCCACCUCAGCUCCGAAGGCAACUCCAAGAAGGAGAUUCUGUGGCAGCGACGCGCGCCCGUCAAGAGCAUUGUGUACGAGUCUCCCUACGCGAAGAUCACUACAUCGGUGAUGAUGCAGCUGGUGGAGCUCUACCAUUCCGACCUGGAGGUGUUCGCCCACAAGCAGCUGCCGCGGUUCCACAUGCCGAGGUCCUUCCACGACAGAGCCGAUUCCUCCCUCAUCCUGCUGGCCAGGCAGUGCCCCUACUUGCACACGUUGGUGGUCCGUGAGAAAAUAUCAACUGCAACUGUACUUCUGUUGGUUUAUACUGCAAAAAAUCUCCAAUUUCUGUAUGUUCGCAGAAAUGCCAUACUCCUGAAGGCGGACUGGCCCAUGAACCCCGACUGGACCUUCGAGUUCUACGACUGGCUGCGGCGCAGCGCUCGCUCCUACGACGCGAUGGAGCGCGAGGUGUCCCAGAUCCUGGGCUACAGGUGGCAGGCGCUCACGGACAAGCAGUAUAAGAAUCUCCAGUUAGAUCUUGAAAAGUCGCGUUAUAUGUACUUCUAGCACUUUAGCACAAAUGAAUUCAUGUGCUCAUUCGCUUUCUUAAACGUAUAUGUUUGCACGUACCUACACACGGUUACAUACACUCAUUCAUUGAUUCAUAUACAUAACGCAUGGCGUAUAUUUUAGUAUCUAGGUCUAUUUAUCUGUCUAUAUCUACUUAAUGUAUAUAUUCAAGCCCUCGGUAUCAUAUAAUCUGUCUGUGCAUAGAUAGAAAGAUAGAUAAAUAGAUAAAGACAGACAGAUGGAGAGAUAUAUACCUACAGAUCUGCCAACUCUUGCAACACAGCAUAAGGGCAAUUCAUUUCGCGCACCAACCUGCUUCUCAGCAAACGACCAGCGAGGUUUUAUUACUGCACUGGACCGGUGUAUCAGCCUUUCUCCUACGGGAGUUUAGAUUGUCUCUUUCUGUGAGCAAUUCGACCUUUUUCUCUUGUCAAGAAAGCAGAAGCAAGGCCCCAGAAACGAGCCUCUUCGAUUUCAUACAAACUGUAAGACAGUCUUCUGGCUUAGACGAGAUACUAAAUCAUCCCCAGGAAUUUCUUUAGAGAGGAAACAAAGACGGCAAGGAUGCAAUUAGGAAACACUGGAAGGUCUGUUUAUAGUGUCUUAAUUUGACGAAUCGUUACAAAUAGGUAAAAAAUUCUUCCAUAAAAUAGCCUUCUUAGGAAUGUCAUAGAUUCGUUUUCUUUGUUGCCUAAAUGUAGCUCUGCCUUUCAUCUCUUAAUUUCCUUCCAACAACAACACAUCACUUCAUUCUCAACGACCAACACCGCCUUUGGCAGUCAUUCCGCACGUACACUUAUAACAAGUAUAGCACAGUCUGAAAUACUAUUCUUUGAUUUUUUUCUAUUUGUGAAACCCUUCUUGUCGAACAUGCGAUGAAAGCAAACGAUAUUUAGUCUCACCAUACCCAGGA